CGCCGGAAGUGGGGUCCGGAAGUGGGGUCCGUAGCGGCGGCGCCCCUAGCAACGGGGCCGGCUGGUCGGGGGCGGGCUGCGGCCCGGAGGCGGCGAUGGCGGAGAAGUUCGACUCCCUGGAGGAGCACCUGGAGAAGUUCGUGGAGAACAUCCGGCAGCUGGGCAUCAUCGUCAGCGACUUCCAGCCGAGCAGCCAGGCCGGCCUCAACCAGAAGCUGAAUUUUAUGGUUACUGGCUUGCAAGAUAUUGACAAGUGCCGACAGCAACUUCAUGAUAUCAGUGUGCCUCUGGAAGUCUUUGAGUACAUAGAUCAAGGCCGCAACCCCCAACUAUAUACUAAAGAAUGUUUGGAAAGGGCUUUGGCUAAAAAUGAGCAGGUGAAAGGCAAAAUUGAUACCAUGAAGAAAUUCAAAAGCUUGUUGAUUCAAGAGCUGACAAAAGUGUUCCCGGAGGACAUGUCCAAAUACAAAGCUAUUCGAGGUGAAGAUCCUUCUCCUUGAGCAUUAACCAUUUCCAUUACUGCACGUUCUUCUCUGGGAACUACAGAUAGGCUAUCGGACAAUAUUGACUAGCUCAGAGGAAUGAAGAAAUCCAACUUUCCUGCUGGGCGAUGUUAUGCUGGCACUUUGUUCCGUGGCCAGAAAGUAGGCUGAUUCCUGCGGUGGCUGGUCAGGAAACCUGAAUGGCUUCAAGACUCUUGGUUUCAGCAGCUGGCUUCAUGUGCUGUUUGUCAGUUCUGCUGUUUUUUCUAAUGUGCUGUUCAAACUUUUCAACAUAUCCUGCCCUGUGUGACAGGCAAAGCAGCUGUGCGUCUGUUGUUUUUGGUGCAACACACCUAAAAAAAUGAAGCAGAAUAAAUGUUAUCUUUUGCAAGAAAAUUAAAAGGCUUGUGCUUUUCAUUACACUGAAGGGCUGCUGGAAUAGUAGAAAUUGUUUCUGUGAUUAUUUUUUUUUGUAUAAAAAGAACAAGCCAAAAUACACAUGGCAAACUUUCUUAGAUUUCUCACUUUUAUAUGUAAUAGCACCACCACCAC